CCAAUUUGUUCUGUUAUCUCGCCCACUCCGAGCGGCAAAGGUAUGUAAGGUUUGUUGGGGCGGGGGGCAGGGGGGAGAUAUUGGAUGGACUUUGACAGCAAUUGCAUAUCGGCACGAGACGUUGACCGGGAGCGGCGUAAGUUUUCGUUACGAUAAAUCAGUGAUUUAUUGCACGUAUCGCGGUCGAUUUUAGCUCGCGAAUUUGUUGCGUAUGAAUAAACUACUUGUGUUACUGCUUAACCACCUGCCGACGUCCCGAGUCAUUCGAAACUCGCGAUUAAAAUAUACGUUAAGACAAUUUGGUUACGCUUCGUGAAGUGCUUGGAGAAAAGGAAGGAUUAAUAAACUACUGAUUAAUCAUGGAGGUGUCUACUCAACUUAUUACUGACCUAAGAAACAAAUUUUUCAAAAAACUCGAGGCAGACGGCGCACCAGAUCCUGAUGGCUUUCAUCCGGCAGAUAUUGCCAGAAUACGAGACACGGAUAACUGGCUGAAGAGGUUUUUACAACACAACGAAUUGAAUGUACAGGAAGCACUGAAUAUGCUUUGGGAUUCUUGCGACUGGAGGAAAAAAUUUGGUUGUAAUGACAUUACUGAAAACAACGUUAGGAGAGAUUACUUAGAGGAAGGAAUCUUCUUUCCCCACAAUAAAGAUAAGGAUGGGAAAACGCUGCUCAUUUUUAAAUCGAAACUACAUUUCAAGGGCACUAAAGAUUUUGGAGAAUUACAACGAUGCAUCGUAUACUGGUUCGAGAGAUUGGAAAGGCAAGACAAAGGGACCCAAAUAUCGGUGUUUUUUGAUAUGGCGGACACUGGUCUUUCAAAUCUGGACAUGGAGUUCACCAAAUACUUGAUAGGUCUUUUUAAAACUUAUUAUCCAAAUUUCCUCAACUACAUAAUCAUCUACGAGAUGCCAUGGGUCCUAAACACCGCUUUUAAAAUAAUAAAGUCCUGGCUCCCGGCGAAGGCAAUUCAGAAAAUCAAAUUUGUCAACAAAUCGACACUGAAGGAAUAUGUGGAUGCAGAUAACGCUCUGACUGUCUGGGGAGGAAAUGAUGAUUACACUUUCACAUUCGUCCCCGAGGAACGAGCAACAGCCGCGUUAACUAAUGGCAAACUGGAGAACAAGAAGGUUCACUUUGUCGAUGGAUCGCCAAUGACUGAACAGGGACCUAGCGGAUUUGGGGAUCACGAAAAUGAAGAAUCUUUAUUAUCUAUCGAUUCUGAAGUAAUAGUGUUCAAGAAGGAAAAAAAUGAAUACUCUGGAACAAUAUCAUUCAAAAACAUUACUCCGGAUAGAUGCAUUUCAUACAAGAUUAAGACAACAUCCCCAGAUAAAUUCAGGGUUCGUCCUAGCAUGGGAGUUUUACAACCUGCGCAAAAUGCUCAGGUGACUGUAAUGCUGCAGCCCGGUUAUGCGUUGCAUGGACUUCCUCGCAACGAUAAAUUUCUAGUCAUGUGUUUACCGAUGAAAGAUGCUAAUGCCUCUAUACCAGAUCUUUGGAAGACUUUGGGAAAAAGUGCACAGCAACAUAGAUUGAGAUGCGCAGGUCUGGGUUCUGAAAAUGGAGACACCUCAAAAUCGAAUUUGUAUGCAAACAAUUCGGGUUCUAGUGGCGAUAGAUCUUUGGAUAGACUGUUUUCAAAGGUAUCGCAGUUGGAAGACUGUCAAAAUAAACUACACGCAGAUUUGGUAUUCUCAAAAAGAUUGCAAUUGAUAUCAAUUGCUCUAAUCGUUCUUAUGGCAAUAGCAGUUAUCUACAUUUUGAGGUCGGAUAUUAGAAAUGCAGCUGAUCAGGUGUGUUAUCACCGAUAACAUGUACAGCAUGUAAAAUUAAAAUGGAACGAAAUAACAAUACCCGAAUCCAACAAAUGAGUAAGCAUUAUUUUCGUGGAUGCUGUUAACACGCUAGGUAUACACGGCAUACGGCAACUUAAUUCGUUUGUUACACCCAUACCUUGACAUAGUUCAUCUCUUGAUUAAAAUUGUCAACUUGACAUUCGUGCCUAAAAGAAACUUAGCAUAGCCAAAUUAUUAUAACUUGUGCUGAAAGUUUAUUUGAGUGGGCUGAGUCGUCACAAUGAUCUCUGAGCAAACCGAAUUAAUCCAAGUUUAGAUUACGAAGUAAAUAUUAUGGUAUCUUGGAUGUGCGACUGUCCUCGAAUCAAGAAGUUUGAUUAUUACCACUUUUUAUAUAACAUUCCACAGCUACGUGCUAAACUAACUUCCAUUCGUAAAAAUAUGACGUACACACGAAUGGCAUAUAUACUCGUAAGAUGACCAUUCGUACUAUUACUGCGUAAAUUUAUUGAGUAUACUGUAAAAAAUGCGAAAAGAAAAAAUUUAAAACCAAGCGAGUAUUUGUGUACGCUAUUCUUAUUAUGAUUUGUCCAAAUUAUUUUAGCUUAUAGCACCACUAGAGUAAUACUAAAUUUCAUACCUAUUUUUUAUUUGGUUUGUUACCUACCUCCAACUUUAGAACUAUUUCGUUUUAGAAAUUCAAUUAAUAAAUUCAAUAAAACUUUAUUUAGAAAUUAUUCAACUAUUAUGUUUUUCAUGUUUUGCACACAACUGAAAUGCAAUUUUGCACUCGUAAUGCGUGGAUUAAAAAACAACUCGAUUCGAAUGUUUUGUAACACAAGAAAUGACUGUAACUUCACUAAAUGAAACUAACUAAGUGAGAGUACCUUUUCAUACAUACAUAUGAUUAACGUAAUAAUAAUACUAAUU